UAGAUAGGCACGUUGUCACGCAGUUAAUAAUAGGUUACACAGUAUAUAUGUGAUGUGAGUGAGUGCUUCAUCAAAUUUAUUUUAACUUUUUUUUAUAUCCUUUUUUACCAUUACUCUCUAGUCUCUUCAUCAUAAAUUGGACACUCCUUCAUAGUAGAAACGAGAAUAUAGCCAACCCCUUUUAGAUUCCAUUCCUUUGAGUUGAGUCAAGGGAGAUGAAUGCAUCGGCUUCAGAAUGCAGCAGUGGUUGUGAGUCUGGUUGGACUCUAUACCUGGAGCACUCUUUCCAGCUGAACUACAAUGCUUCUUCGCAUGCAAGUUCGCAGUUUAUAGGUGAAGGAGAUGACGGGUUCUGUGAUGACAAGAAAGGCAAAAAAGAAGAGGCUGAGGAAGAGGACUUGUCCAUGGUUUCUGAUGCCUCUUCUGGGCCUCCACACUUGCCAGAUGCACAAGAUAAUGGCAGUCUUUACUCAGCAUCUAAGGUAGCAAUGGCAAACCUUGGCAAUAAGAGGAGUAAAAAGAGGCAGAAAGUUAAGGAAAACCAACACCUUCCUUCUUUUCUUGAUGACACUGCUAGCUCUCCUUUCUUUGACUUCUCCAUGAACAAUGUCACUUUGACCAACCAACAAACUUCGACAGAGAGCAUGCUAGAUUACUCACAAGGUUUCUCUGCUACUUAUUAUGAGGAGAGAUCCUCGUUGCAAGACCACUUAGGUUUUUUACAACCAUCCCUAUCAGAAAAUGGAGUUCAUAACAACAAAUGGUACGGAGGGAAAGAGAUGGGAAUGAUAUAAAGAUAAGUUUUAUUUCUAUACUAAAAGCUACAUCUGCUAUUCAACCUGUUCCAGUGGAAGAUACUGAAGAUCGAUGGGGGGGGCACAGAAUCAUUGAUGGUGUAGAAGGAAUUUGAUCUCAAAAGGGAUUCUAUUCCUUUGUUUUCUUUUAUUGCAUCUCUUAGCUGUCAAUGCAAUGCUAAACAACCUGAAAGGAAAAUUUAGAAAUAAACCUUUUUUGUUUCAUAAUUUAAUGUUCUUGUCAAUGAAUAGUGCACACAAGAUAGAUAAGUUAGGCAGGUUCUGUGUAAGCAUGCUCAAUCCUUGUUUUUGAUUGAUGAGGCUGAGGCCCAUGCUCAAUUUAUAUCAGCAAAGCAGCGCUAGCAACUUUUGCCAAACAAAUAAAUGAAACAAAUAUUUAAUUCUUCAA